CUCUCUCAGUUCUCUCCUCCUCCCACCUUGAGUUCACAUCGCACCGACUGACCAAACACUCAGUGGAUUAGGAUGAUGAGGGCAGAACUGUCUUCAAACACAGAGAGUGCCUGACAAUAAACCUGUAAUUUGCACUUUAUUUAGGUUUUCUCAUAAGAAAUCGAGUUUGAGGAUGCAUAAGUAAACGCGCUUUUUUACUUACACUUCACUUUUUGUGUUGACAUCACGCGCGCACGGAAUCAAAUCUACACCCGCGGUGAGAUUUAUUUACCCAUCUUCUCCAGUCGGGAAAACGUCAGGGAGGAGAGGACAUGCUGAACAAUUUAAAGUAAAGAAGACUCAAUACUCAUUAGCAUAGUUUGGGAGAAAUUCACAGGCGCAUCGGCAAGGGAAAGAUUUCCUUUUUGCGAUUCCCGUUUCCUCUGCACAUACGGAGAAAGAGGGGGCUUCAAAAAUCCUGCUGUCUUCAAUUAAGAGGUUCAGUUGACUAAAGUUCUCAUUCUUUAAAGUUGGUUGAGAUGGUUUGAGCUGUGAACUCGACGCGGAAACAAGAGUUUUGCCUCAGCAAUCACGAAACACGAAUCAACUGAUAAGAGACAACGGCGCGGAUUUACAGAGGAAUUAUGACACCUUUCGACGGCCUAAACUGGGAUUCGUAGUCCUUUCUAUCCACUUUGAAAAUGGAAUUGUUUCAGAUGGGGCCGCUGAGGCUCACUCUUCUCGUUCUUCUGAGUGGCGUGUCAUUUGGAGUAGUUGAACUGGAGCCUGUGCCUGAAAACCAGCCUCAGUCUCCCAGUGCCCAUGCAUCUCAAAAGAACAUCACCCUGGCAGUUAUCCUGCCUCUCCACAACACGGAGUACCCUUGGGCUUGGCCCCGUGUGGGCCCUGCUCUGUACUGGGCCCUGGAAAAGGUGAACUCUGAUCCCAACCUGCUGGCAGGUUACCAUCUACAACUGGUUUUCAAUAGCAGCGAAAACAAGGAAGGACUGUGUUCGGAUUCAGUGGCUCCGCUUGUGGCUGUAGACCUGAAGUUCUCAUACAACCCCUGGGCAUUCAUCGGACCAGGUUGUGACUACUCGUCCUCACCUGUGGCACGUUUCACCACACACUGGGAGGUUCCAAUGAUUACCAGUGGCGCAAGAGCACUGGGUUUCAAUUUAUACUCUUCCAUUACCAACAUCGGCCCGACACACAAGAAGCUGGGCGAGUUUGUGCUCAGGAUGCACCGGCAUUUUGGCUGGGACAAACACGCCAUGCUCAUGUUUAACGAUAAUAAAAACGAUGACCGGCCGUGUUACUUUGCCGUGGAGGGGCCGUACACACAGAUGCGUGAAGACAACAUCACAGCGGAUGACUUGGUGUUUAAUGAGGAUGAAGAACCCCUACGUUAUGAUGAGCUUCUCCGGGAUAUCAGCCACAAAGCUCGUGUGGUGUAUGUCUGCUGCAAGUGGGAGACGUUUCGCAAGUUGAUGGUGGAGUUCUGGAGGCAGGGUUUUCCUCAGGAGGAGUACGCUUUCUUCUUCAUCGACCUGUUUGGACGCAGUUUGCAGAGCCAUCCUGCCAGACCAUGGGCAAGAGGAGAUGCUGAUGACAAUGCAGCCAAAGAGGCCUUUAAAAGUGUGAAGAUCCUGACCUACAGAGAGCCUCAGAACCCAGAGUACAAGGACUUUGUCUCCAAGCUAAAGACAGAAGCCAUGGAUAUGUUUAACUUCAACGUGGAAGAUUCUCUGAUGAAUCUGAUUUCUGGGUCCUUCCACGAUGGAGUCAUGCUUUAUUCUCAUGCCCUGAAUGAUACUAUGGAUCGUUCGGGUUCGAGACCUCCGGGAGACGUGGUCAACAAGAGGAUGUGGAAUCGCACAUAUCAUGGUGUUACCGGACUUGUGCAACUGGAUGAGAAUGGUGAUCGGGAGAUUGACUUUGCUCUAUGGGACAUGACCGAUACAAAGACAGGAGAUUAUCAGAUUGUGUCUGUGUAUAACGGCAGUCAGAAGCAGAUGAUUUUGGAGCCAGGAAUGAAGGUGCACUGGCUGAAGGGAAGGCCGCCUCCAGAUAUUCCUGAGUGUGGCUUCAAAAAUGACAACCCUGCCUGUCUGGCAAAGACAGUCACCAUGCACCAGAUGAUCUCCAUAGUGGUGUGCUUCAUCUUUAUCAUCAUCGUUACAGUCACAGUCUUCAUAUACAGGAAGCUGAAGUUGGAGAAUGAGUUGACCGCUCAGCUGUGGCGUGUGCACUGGGAGGACAUCCAGAUGAGCAACACGGAGAAGGUCCUGCGCAGAGCCUGCAGCAAACUCACCAUAUCCCUGAGAGGCUCUAACUAUGGGUCACUGCUCACUAUGGAUGGAAACUUCCAGAUCUACGCUAAGACUGGCUACUACAAGGGAAACAUAACAGCCAUUAAGUAUGUCAACAAGAAACGCAUCGAGCUCACCAGGAAAGUGCUGUUUGAACUCAAACAUAUGCGUGAUGUCCAGAAUGAGCACCUUACCCGCUUUAUCGGUGCUUGUAUCGACCCACCAAACAUCUGCAUCCUCACUGAGUACUGCCCUCGAGGAAGCUUACAGGAUCUGAUGGAGAGUGAAGGAAUCACGCUGGACUGGAUGUUUCGCUAUUCUCUCAUCAAUGACAUUGUUAAGGGAAUGGCGUUCCUCCACAACAGCGUCAUCGUCUCCCAUGGCAACUUGAAGUCUUCCAACUGCGUGGUGGACAGUCGCUUCGUGCUGAAGAUAACCGAUUAUGGGCUGGAAAGUUUCCACAAGGACAGCAAUUUGGAUGACGUGCAUGCUUUCUAUGCACGUCAGCUGUGGACGGCCCCUGAGCUUCUGCGUGCUGAUAAUCCACCAGCGUGUGGAACACAGAAGGGUGACGUCUACAGCUUUGGCAUCAUCCUGCAGGAGCUGGCUCUGCUGAAGGGCGUCUUCUACCUGGAGGGCCCCUGUCUCAGCCCUAAAGAGAUCAUCGAACGUGUGGUGGAGGGCCGCUGGCCAUACCUGCGUCCCCUACUGUGUCCUCAGAGUCACAGUGAGGAGAUGGGACAGUUGAUGCUGCGCUGCUGGUCAGAGGACGUCAACGAGAGGCCAGACUUCAGCCAGAUUAAAGUACUGCUCCGCAAGAACAACUGUGGAUACGGCUCUAAUAUUCUGGAUAACCUCCUGUCCCGUAUGGAGCAAUAUGCCAAUAACCUGGAGGAGCUGGUGGAGGAGAGGACACAGGCGUACCAUGAGGAGAAACGAAAAGCUGAAGCUCUGCUCUAUCAGAUUCUCCCACACUCAGUGGCCGAGCAGCUGAAGCGAGGAGAGAUGGUUCAGGCUGAAGCCUUUGACUCUGUCACCAUCUACUUCAGUGACAUUGUGGGCUUCACAGCGUUAUCCGCUGAAAGCACGCCUAUGGAGGUGGUGACGCUGCUGAAUGAUCUCUACACUUGCUUUGAUGCAAUCAUUGACAAUUUCGACGUAUACAAGGUGGAGACCAUCGGCGAUGCGUAUAUGGUGGUGUCAGGUCUGCCCGUGAGGAACGGCAAACUGCACGCCCGUGAGAUCGCCCGCAUGUCUCUGGCUCUGCUGGAGGCCGUACACUCAUUCAGAAUCCGCCACCGACCAAACCUGCAGCUCCGUCUGCGCAUCGGCAUCCACAGCGGUCCUGUGUGUGCAGGGGUGGUGGGUUUGAAGAUGCCUCGUUAUUGUUUGUUUGGUGACACAGUCAAUACAGCUUCACGUAUGGAAUCCAAUGGAGAAGCUCUAAAGAUCCAUGUGUCAGAAGCCACACGGGCCGUCCUGCAGGAGUUCAACUGCUUCCAGCUGGAGCUCAGAGGAGAUGUGGAGAUGAAGGGAAAGGGCCGGAUGAGGACGUAUUGGCUGCUAGGAGAAAUCAGCUCUAACAAUGCCUAA